GGCUGAGAUUCCGGACUUGCAUUGUGAUGACAUUUGAAGCCGGCCAGAUCAUCCACGAUCAUCAUGACGAAUCGAACAGGCCUCCCGUGUGCGGCAAAGAUGAUAUAUCGUCGACAGCGACAGGGUGAUGCGACUGGCGAAGAAGGGCGCCAAGAAUUCAUCUUAUCGAUAAGAGCAAAACGCCGACCCCGACCAGACUUUCUCAAAAGUUUGCCUUGCGCAGAGCCAUCUCUCCAUCGCAAAACACAGACACGACUGAACACCACACGACCGCCACCAUGAUGUUGAGACAAAUCAAACCCAAGAAUGCCCGCAGCAAGCGCGCUCUCGAGAAGAAAGCACCCCAAUUGCACGAGAACUCCAAAAUGACACUCUUCCUCCGCUACACAUCAUGCUCGGAAAUCAUCCAACUCGCCAUGACAGACCUGCACGCACUAAAACGCCCGCUGGCCCAAAAAUUCACAAAGAAAAACGACAUUCAUCCUUUUGAAGAUCCUUCGUCGCUGGAAUUCUUCGCCGAGAAGAACGAUUGCUCGCUGAUGGUGUUUGGAUCGCACUCGAAGAAACGUCCGCAUACGAUUACAUUGUGCAGAUUCUUCGAUUUCAAGGUGUUGGAAAUGUUGGAAUUGCACGUGGAUGUCGACACCUUCCGCACGAUUUCGCAGUUCAAAAGCGCAAAGGCUAGAGUGGGAUUGAAGCCGUUGGUUUCCUUCUCCGGCACCGCUUUCGAUUCGCCCGUCGCAAACACAUAUACCAUGGCCAAGAGUCUUUUGCUGGAUUUCUUCAAGGGCGAGGAUACGAAUAAUGUUGAUGUGGAGGGUUUGCAAUAUAUGGUGCACAUUUCUGUUGCUGAGGAGGAAGACGCUCAACCCGCGCCUAAGAUCCAACUGCGCACGUACAUGAUCUCGACCAAGAAGUCCGGACAGAGUCUUCCCAGAGUAGAGGUUGAAGAGAUGGGACCACGCAUCGAUUUCCGCAUCGGUAGAGUCAAGGAGGCCGAUCACGAUAUGAUGAAGGAUGCCAUGAAGAAACCCAAGGGUCUUGAGGCACGAUCGAAGAAGAACAUCGAGACCGACAUCAUCGGUGACAAGGUCGGCCGCAUCCAUCUCGGCAAGCAAGAUCUCAACGACAUGCAAACGAGAAAGAUGAAGGGUCUCAAGAGAAACAGAGAUGACGAUACCGAGGGCGGCCCCGUCGUCUCCGAUGACGAGGAGGGUGCCGAAGACUUUGAGGCCGGUGGUGUGGAGAUCAAGAAGGUCAAGGUUUAGAGCGACCACCGCCAUUCAGCAUCUUCUUUCAUGUCUCAAGCAAGGGCAACGGAGAUGGGAGGAUUCAGAGAAGAGACAUGGAGGAAGAUAGGCGAUGAAAAAGGUCUGUCGUAGCAGGGAAAAAGUAACUUGUGGUUCGCAUUCUUCUUUCGAGCGUGGAGUU